AUGGCGCCGUCCAAGGGGGAGCGGCGGGGCGGCGACCCGGCCGAGGGGGAGGACGAGUAUUCGGCCAGCGUCGGCCGCUGCGCCAGAUCCGGCGGCAUCUGCCCGACCCGGCGCCACGCGGACGACGAGGCCAGGAGGCGUUGCCGACGUGCGGGUGCCACAUCGAGCGCUGCCGUCACCACGACGCGGUUCCCCGUCGACGCCCUGUACGGGUCGACGACGGCGAGGGCACGUCCGUGGCCGGCGCUGAGGAGGCCGUGCGGACGGUGCGGGAGCUACACCGACACCCCGCCCCGAUGCCCUACACCGGUCAGCGCGUCGACGGCUCUCGGCAUCAAGGGCGGCCGCGGAGGGCGGGGCCUGAAGAACAAGCGCGACGAGAUGCCCGUGGAGGUGAGCCGCGACGGAGUGCACUCAGACGGCUUCGAAGAGUCGGUCGCGCGGUGCGGCUUCCGAAACCCGAGCCUGGUGCGGCGGUGUGCCACGCCGCCACGGAGGGACUCGACGCGGUGCGCGCAGAUGGGGGCCUGCAUUCCGGUGGCAGUUGGACGGGGUCGCGGCCACAAGGACACCCACGACGACUACUACGGCACCUCGAGGCCACGGGCUGCGGAGCUCCAUGCCCCCACUGCAGAUCUGCGCGCAGAGAUGUAUGACACCGGGAGUAUCGAGGGGCCACCUGGAUCUUUCACUGUGAACAAUGUCCAAGUGUUUGCUGGCUAUGUCCUGCAUACCGGUUCAUUUCUGGAAGGGCCUGACUCCGAGACAUUGUCUGUUGGCGAUGAAGUGAAAUACAAGGAAGUAAUUGGUGACCGUAUUGACCAGAAAGGUCACAUUGCUCUUCCAGAGAAGCUGAUAUUUGAUUUCUCCCAUGGGAAACCUGUCCAACCAGAAGAUUUGCAAAAAAUUGAGUCUAUAGUGAAGCAGCGAAUAGAGGCUGAGCUGGAGCUAUCUGCACAAGAAAUAAAAUUAGCCAAUCCGAAGAGCGUGAAUGGUCUUCGAGCUGUGUUUGGUGAAAUCUACCCUGAUCCUGUAAGAGUUGUAUCGAUUGGUCGCAAACUGGAAGAUGUGCUUGCCAACCCUGAAAGCAAAGAAUGGUUAUCUGAUAUCAAUGAAGCAAGUAAACUAGACGGAGCAACAUUGGAAAAGAAAAUUGGAUGGCAGAUGGCAGAGACGUCCCAGAUGGCAGAGACAACUAAGGAUGAGAUGUCACUAACGACACAUGCGGCAAAGAACAAGGCAUUAGAGACAAUGUAG